AUGGUCCGUUAUUCACGAACUGUUGAAAAUCCAGCAAAAUCAUGCAAAACGCGUGGCGCGUAUUUACGUGUUCACUUCAAGAACACACGUGAAACAGCCAACAACUUGAGACGUAUGACUUUACGACGUGCAACUCGUUAUUUGAAGAAUGUUGUAAACAAAAAGGAAAUUGUUCCAUUCAAACGUUAUAACGGUGGUGUCAGCCGCAAGGCUCAAGCCAAAGUCUUCAAAAAUGCUGAAUCGAACGCUGAUGUUAAAGGUCUUGAUGUUGAUCAUCUUGUCAUCGAUCAUAUUCAAGUGAAUCGCGCACCUAAGAUCCGCCGUCGAACAUACCGUGCCCAUGGUCGUAUUAAUCCUUAUCAAUCAUCGCCAUGCCACAUCGAAAUCAUCUUGAGCGAAAAAGAAAAUGUCUUAACACGUAACGGUGGUGCAGUUGAAGAUGAACCAGCAGCGAAAAAGAAAGAAUCAAAGAAGAAACUUAAACGACAAAAGAUGCAAAACCGAGAAUAA